UAAUAUUAAGCGGCUGUCUGUCGUGUGCUGACCACUACCACGAUUUCCCUUAACAGGUUAAGGCGUAGUUUAAAAAAAAAGAGUUAUUGACUAUUCUAGUAAUUGGCAGAGUUUAUGGCCAGCGGCAGGAUUACAACCGUGAGUUAUCAAGACAUUCAUUCAACAGCUGUGACGCUUGAACAAGUUAACUGAAGCUUUCCCGAGGCGCAUCCACGAAUUUUCCACUGGUUCUGAGAAGUUUCCUUUUGCUUAUGCGCUACGUGGCAACGCUUUUUGCAGCUCGCGUUCCGCGGCGUGUUUUUCGGCGUUAGCCCUUGUGUAGGUGGCGCAGGUAACAGGCUUCCAGGUAUGGUAACCAAUCCGCCUCAACCUAUACAUCUCUCAUCAAAGAUCUCAUUACUAGCCGAUGAAUCAUUUCCCCUUCCACCACUGGGGAGUUGGUAGAUGCAUUGACGAUGUCAGGCUGAAUUCGCUCGUUGCACACAUUCGUGCUCGCUGUUUGGGAAUGUCAAAAUGCUUCGUUUAAUAGUAGAAUCAGCCAGUAAUCUUCCAUCAUCAACAUUUGGAACGCCCGACCCGAUAGUAACGAUCACUUUUAAAGAUGAAAAGAAGAAAACCAGGUCAAUUGAUAAUGAAUUGAAUCCUGUGUGGAACGAGAAAAUUGAAUUUGAUUUGAAGGGAGUGGCCCUAAGUUCUUCCUCAUCAAUUCUUGUUGUGGUUAAGGACUAUGAGACAAUUGGAAAAAAUAAGUUUAUUGGUUCUGCAACAAUAUCCUUGAGAGACCUUUCAAGUGGUCAAAGAACAUUGCCUUUGAAGAAUAUCCCUUUACUCAGUGAAAAGAAACAGGCAACUGGGGCAACAAUAAACUUGAUGGCCAACUAUGAACCGCCUGCUGGAUCAGGACCACCUAACCAGUCUGACGCUGGAGAUUCCGGUGCGCAGGAAACAGGUGCAGGAGAAGAAGGCGAUGAAGAAGAUGUGGAGGGCGGAGCAGGGGCUGGAGGAACUACAGGAACCCCUGGUACGCCAGCCCUUCCAGGAGUGAGAAGGCCCCGGAGGAAGAAAAGUAAGAGGUUGCUCUCCAACAAACCUCAGGAUUUCCAGAUUCGGGUGAGGAUAAUUGCAGCGCGUCAGUUGCCAGGUAAUAACGUAAAGCCUGUAGUUAAAGUGUCUGUCUGCAAUGAAACUCAUCGAACAAGGAUUCGAAGAGGAAACAACCCCUGCUUUGAUGAGAUUUUCUUCUUCAAUGUAACUCGCUUACCAGAGGAGCUCUUUGAUGAAUCCAUCUAUAUUAGAGUGUACAAUUCAUUUUCAUUGCGAUCAGAUUCACUCAUGGGAGAAUUCAAGCUGGACAUCGGUUAUGUGUAUGAUGAGCCUGGACAUGCUGUUUUGAGAAAAUGGAUCCUGCUUCAUGAUCCUGAAGAUACAAGUACAGGAUCGAAGGGAUACAUGAAAGUCAGCUUAUUUGUCCUGGCCACAGGAGAUGAGCCUCCGGUUGAGAGUAAGGUGCAAAAUGAAGAUGAGGAUGAUGUUGAAAGCAACCUGUUGCUUCCUGCAGGUCUCACUCUUCGAUGGGUGACUUUCAUCCUAAAGAUUUACAGAGCAGAGGAUGUUCCACAGAUGGACGAUGCCUUUGCAGAAAAUGUGAAGUCACUUUUUGGAGCAGGAACUGACAAGAAGAACCUUGUGGAUCCAUUUGUGGACGUUAGCUUUGCAGGAAAAAGACUUUGCACAAAAAUAAUUGAGAAGAAUGCAAAUCCUGAGUGGAACCAGGUCCUCAAUCUUCAAGUCAAGUUUCCGUCCAUGUGUGAGAAAUUGCGCAUGACUAUUUUCGAUUGGGAUCGGAUCACUGGAAAUGAUGCAAUUGGGACAGCAUUUUUGUACCUCACCAAGAUAGCUUCAUCUGGUGUUGAAGUUAAAGAUGAUGAGGGAACUGGGGCUUCUCCAGCAAAUGAAGAGGAACCAGGAGAGGAAUCAGCAGGAUUUCUUCCUGCUUUUGGCCCUGCUUUUAUCAACUUUUAUGGAAGCCCCAGAGAAUUUACUGGCUUUCCAGAUCCCUAUGAAGAUUUGAACCUUGGAAUGGGUGAGGGCCUUUCAUAUCGUGGCCGACUGUUAGUUGAACUAAUCACUAAACUUGAAGGUAGUCCAGAGAAGAAGGUGGAAGACAUACCAAGUGAUGAUGUUUUGGUUGUACAGAAAUAUCAACGCCGGCGCAAGUACAGUCUUUGUGCUGUCUUUUAUGCUGCAACGAUGCAGCAAGAAGUUGGAGAUGCCAUUCAGUUUGAAGUCAGCAUGGGCAAUUAUGGCAACAAAUUUGACAAAACCUGCAGGCCUUUGGCUUCCACUACCCAGUAUAGUAGAGCAGUGUUUGAUGGUAACCACUACUAUUUUCUACCUUGGGCCAACACAAAGCCUGUGGUGACUCUGACUUCUUACUGGGAAGAUAUCAGUCACCGAUUGGAUUCGGUGAACAUCCUCCUGAAAAUGGUCCACAGACUGGAAACGAACUUGACAAAACUGAAGACAGCUAUACAGGUCAAAGUUGCAGAGGAACCUUUAGCUGAAUUCUGGUUCAAGCUUAUUGAACAAGUUAUAGAAGAAUGCAGCCAGCCUCUGCCAGCUAUUGAAGGUAAACCUAAUGUAACACAGCUUGACUUGCAAAUCCACAAGAUGCGUAAAAAAGCCCUAAAUUCCAUUGUUGAAUCUGCAAAGACCUUACGAAACGAAGCAAGUGAUCCCAAGGAAACAAUUACUGAUAUUGAAGGUUGGCUGGAGAACCUUAAAUCGUUGGCUGAAGAGCCACAAAACAGCAUGCCUGAUAUCAUCAUCUCAAUGAUAUGUGAUGAGAAACGAGUUGCUUUUGCACGAAUUCCAGCUCACGAGCUGCUUUACUCGACUACAAGUGAAGAAGCCUGCGGCAGAUUCUGUGGCAGGACACAGACCAUAUUCUUGAAGUACAUGGAAGGCAAAAGCAAAAGUUUUAAAGUACCAACUCAGCUGCGUGUUCGCUUUUGGCUUGGACUUUCAGCUGUGGAGAAUAAAUUCAACAGCUUUGCUGAAGGAAGUUUCAGUGUGUUUUCAGAAAUGUACGAAAACCAAAUGCAAAUGCUGGGCAAAUGGGGCACCGGUGGACUUGUGGGACGCCACAAGUUUUCCGAUGUGACUGGUAAAAUAAAACUGAAGAGAGAGUACUUUAUGCCCCCAAGAGGCUGGGAGUGGAAAGGUGACUGGUUUGUUGAUCCUGAAAGAAGCUUGCUAACAGAAGCUGAUGCUGGUCACACAGAAUUUAUUGAUGAAGUUUACGAAAAUAACUCUCGCUAUCCUGGAGCUGAAUGGAAACUAGCAAAGGAGCCUUAUACUGAUGUGAAUGGAGAAAAGAGUCCAUCAAGAGAAGAGAUUGACCCACCAGCUGGCUGGAAAUGGAUGGAUGAAUGGGAAUAUGAUGUCAAUCGAGCUGUCGAUGAGCAGGGUUGGGAAUAUGGAAUAACCAUUCCUCCAGAUGAAAAACCCAGAUCCUGGGUUUCAACAGAAAAAAUGUAUCACACCCAGAGGCGCAGACGCUGGGUGAGAAGACGCAAAAAGGACACACAGUCAAAUGUGUCGUCAGGCAAGGGCCCAUCAGCUGACCAGGAUUCAGAAGGAUGGGAAUAUGCGUCGCUGAUUGGCUGGAAGUUUCACAUGAAGCAGCGGAAAUCAGACACUUACAGACGCAGAAGAUGGAGAAGAGAAAUGACACCAGCUGGGAAAUUAGGGGCUGCUGCAAUCUUCAAAUUGGAAGGUGCUCUUGCUCCAUCUUCUGGCGAGAAUGGUGAUAAAUCACCAACAGACACUGUAUUUGGUUCAAGUGCUCCUAUGAUCUCCUGUGUGUUUGAGCGGCCUUUAAUUUUUCACCUCCGUUGCUACAUUUUUCAAGCUAGAAAGAUAAUUGCAAUGGACAAAGACAGCUUUUCUGAUCCAUAUGCACAUGUGUCAUUUCUUCAUCAAAGCAAGACAACAGAAGUCAUCAAAUCUACUCUCAAUCCAGUCUGGGACCAGACUCUAAUUUUUAAUAAUAUUGAUAUCUAUGGCAAUCCUACAAAUCUGAUUCAAAAUCCACCAAAUGUGGUGAUUGAAAUAUUUGAUGAAGACCAAGUUGGAAAGGAUGAAUUUUUGGGCAGAUGCCUUUGUCCUCCAAUUGUGAAGCUGAAUCCCGGUGCAGAGGUGACACCCAAGCUUCUCUGGUAUCCAGUAAAGAUGGGCACAAAGAAUACUGGGGAGCUCCUUAUUGCAGCCGAAAUGAUGCUGAAAGAUAAACCCGAUGGAUCGAAUUUACCCCUUCUUCCUCCAGUCCGGUCAGGAUCAUUGUAUAUGGUGCCACAAGGUAUCAGACCAGUUGUGCAGCUUACUGCAAUUGAAAUUCUAACAUGGGGGCUACGGAACAUGAAGAACUAUCAGCUGGCCGCUAUUGGUUCCCCAAGUAUCAUUGUGGAAUGUGGCAGUGAACGUUUGGAAUCUGCUCUGAUCAAGAACCUCAAAAAAUGUCCAAAUUUUCCCCGCUCAGUCCUCUUCAUGAAAGUGUAUCUUCCAAAAGAAGAAAUCUACACUCCACCUGUUGUCAUAAAGGUUAUUGACCAUCGGCCAUUUGGACGUAAACCUGUGGUUGGACAAUGCACAAUUAAUUCUUUGCAAGAAUUUCGGAUUGAUGCCUAUGCUGAAAAAGAAUGUGUUGGAAUGCAAUCAAAAGUAACUUUACUGUCAAAUGCUCGUGAUUGUGUUAUUGACGUAGAAGACAACCAGAAACCUCUCCUGGAAUCGCAGUUUGUAGACAGUUUCACCCAGGCAGUCAUCAAAAUGACUACACCAGCAUUGCAUGAAGAUGAAUCAAUCGAUUGGUGGAGCAAGUUUUAUGCAUCUGCAGGAGAAGCUGACCGAUCUGGCAAAUAUCUUCAGAAAGGAUAUGAUACACUGAAGGUGUAUAACACAGCACUGGAGGAUGUCCCUGAAUUCAAAGGGCUGACUGAUUUCUGCCAGACAUUUAAACUCUACAGGGGCAAAUCUGAGGAUGAUGAAGACCCAUCAGUUGUAGGUGAAUUUAAGGGUUCCUUCAAAAUUUAUCCUUUAAGUGAUGAUCCCAAUGUUAAAAUGCCUUCACGCCAAUUCAUCGAGCUGCCUGAUAGUGGAAUUCAAGAAUGUUUGGUGCGAAUUUAUAUUGUAAGAGCCAUUGACUUGCAACCAAAAGAUAGUAACGGCAAGUGUGACCCUUAUGUGAAGAUCAGCUUGGGAAAAAAAACAAUAGAAGAUAGAGACAAUUAUAUUCCUAACACUUUGAGCCCAGUGUAUGGCAGGUUGUUUGAAAUUACUUGCAAUUUGCCUACGGAGAAGGAUCUCAAAAUUGCACUCUAUGAUUUUGAUUUGUUGACACGUGAUGAAAAAGUUGGAGAGACUAUUAUUGAUUUGGAAGACAGACUUUUAUCCCGUUUUGGAGCUUGUGCUGGUUUGCCCCAGUCAUAUUGUGUGUCUGGAAUAAAUACCUGGCGAGAUCAGCUCAAGCCAUCUGAGCUAUUGAACAAUUUGGCCAAGAUGAAGGGCCUUUCUCCACCUGUUAUCACUGACAGCAGACUCACCUAUAAUGGUCAAGAAUAUGUACUAAGCGAAAUAGAAAGUAACAAAACUUUAAAUGAGCAUCUUGGACCCCCUGAGGAACGCCUUGCACUUCACGUUUUGCGGCAGCAAGGACUUGUACCAGAGCAUGUGGAAAUGAGGACCUUGUACAGCACCUUUCAACCUAACCUUAUACAGGGAAAACUUCAGAUGUGGGUUGACAUUUUCCCAAAGAGUUUGGGACCACCUGGGCCACCUUUUGACAUUACACCCCGAAAGCCCAAAAAAUAUUUCCUGCGCUGUGUAAUAUGGAAUACCAGCGAUGUUCUUCUGGAUGAAAAAAGCAUUACUGGAGAAGAGAUGAGUGAUAUCUAUGUUAAAGGUUGGAUAGGCGGGCUUGAAGAUGAGAAGCAGAAGACAGAUGUGCACUACAGGUCCCUCGGAGGAGAAGGAAACUUCAACUGGAGAUUUAUUUUCCCUUUUGAAUACCUCCCAGCUGAACAGCUGUGUGUUAUCUCCAAGAAGGAAAACUUCUGGAGUCUUGACAAAACAGAGUUCAGGACACCUCCGAAACUAUUCAUUCAAAUAUGGGACAAUGAUAAAUUUACCAUGGAUGACUAUUUGGGUGUCCUUGAGUUGGAUCUGAAUUCGAUAAUACAUCCAGCCAAAAUAGCCAAAAGAUGCGACCUUGAUAUGCUGCCAAACGAGAAGAAUGGUGGUGCUAAAGUGACUUCACUCUUUUCUCAAAAAUCCCUCAAUGGUUGGUGGCCAUGUGUCCAAGAGAAAGAUGGCAAACGUAUAUUGGCUGGUAAAGUUGAAAUGACACUGGAGAUUGUCACUGAACAAGAGGCUGAGGAAAAACCUGCUGCCAAAGCAAGAGAUGAACCCAACAUGAACCCAAAACUGGAGCCUCCAAAGCGUCCAGAAACUUCAUUCCUGUGGUUCACCAGUCCUUGCAAGACGAUGAAAUACAUCAUCUGGCGCCGAUUCAAGUGGAUAUUUAUUGGGCUCUUAAUACUGCUGUUUGUCGUUUUGUUCCUUGGGAUCUUCUUUUAUUCAUUCCCGAACUAUCUAUCCAUGCGAAUUGUGAAUGGCUAAUAGCAUUGGCUGGUCCUCCUACUGCAGCAAUUCUGUUGAAUAGCUGGUCCAAGAACAUUCAUUUCAUAUGUCUACAACCUCGUGGCCUAAAGGAUAGAAAUGAACUGAGGUUAGGAAGGCGACAAGAUCUACAUUUACCAAGGUUAGCCAAGGUUCAUGGGGUCAUGACUGGGCCAUUUAUCAGUGAUUCCAUGUUAAUGUGCUGACCCUGAUGACCAGGAUCCUGCCGGUUUAAUCCCGGCUUUUCUCCAAUUGACUGUUCAGCAGGUGCCUCUCCAAGUUAUGAAACACACCAACAUUGAUUUUUGAAACAAUGAGCUAAGCUGACUGUUAUAAAACAAUGGCUAUUCAAGGUGGUUGGUUUGCUAAUCUGUUACAGUAUAGAUUUAAAAUGUGCAGAUUUAUAUAGAAUAUUAUUUUAUAAAAAUAAAACUUAAUUCAAAGCUGCAAAUGCUUCCACUGGGUGUGCAUGUGUCCUGCAGGAAUGGAAAAUAUAAACUGUUGGUUGACAUUCCAUUGAUUAUAUAAAGUGUAAAAAUAUUGUACUCAGCAAAACUCAAUGGUUCAUGAAUUUGUUUGAGUGCUGCAUAUGAAUUUGGACUGAAAUGUUAUUAAUCAAUAUGUACCUUCUGUACUCACUGAUGGUUGCAUAAAAAUCAUUUCAUCA